ACGACUGGGGUGUAACUCAAUCCAUUAGAGACUAACCUAGAAAUUCGAUUCGUACAACUAUUAUCAACAAUACAUUACAAAACAAUACUAACUGUUCGUCCUUUUGGUUUCUAAAGUUGUGAAGAACUCUACCUUAUGCGUAAAACAAUGCGGCUGAAGUGUUAACCACAGGAGAGGGCUGCCGCAAGAUAUUUGAACAGUAAGACGUUGCUUGGGGUUCAAAAGUGUCUGGUUUUGUUAUGAAUUUAUGAUUGUUUUGAGUAAACGGUAACCAAUAUGCCCAUUCACCAAAAGAAAGUUAUAUUUUGUAUAGCUGGCUUGUUGAGUUUUGGUUGUGCUUUGAGUGUAGCGGCUGCCAUUGGAACGCAAUUUUGGGUCAAAGGAACUAUUCUUUGUAAAACUGGAGCUCAGCUUGUCAAUGCCACCGGACCAGAACUGAACAAAUUUGUUGGAGAGAUAAGCUAUGGCCUUUUCCAUGGCCAGAGAGUUAAACAGUGUGGACUGGGAGGAAGGCCCUUUCAGUUUUCUUUUUUCCCUGAUCUGUUGGAGGCGAUUCCUGCCAGCAUACAUGUCAGUGUCAUUUUAUUCUCUGCAGUAGUGAUCAUAUUUUCAUUAGUAGCUGCAGCAUUUUUCAUGUAUAACGCUUUUGGGAAUCCGUAUGAGACUCUCCAUGGACCAUUAGGCCUAUACCUUUGGAACUUCAUUUCAUGUUCUUGCGGUUGUCUGGUGAUAAUCCUGUUUGCUUCAGAAGUCAGACUCCAUCGGCUUUCUGAGAAAAUUGCAAACUACAAAGAAGGGAAUUUUGUCUAUAAAACUCACAGCGAAGAAUUUGACAGAUCGUUUUGGAUUAUUUUAUUUUGCUUCACAGUGCAUUUCCUGAACAUACUUCUUAUCCGGGUAUCCGGGAUCCAAUUUCCUUUUCAGGAGUCGAAAGAGACGGACACCAGCACCGGUGCAGCAGAUCUGAUGUAUUGACGGAGGUGAGCCUGCAGUACUGUGACCCUUACUUACCAGGCAUCAGUGGACAUGUUCUAGCAUCAUUGUUUCUAUAGUAUCUGCAACUGAAAGAGUGGGACAAAAGUCAGCCUCUUACAGACUUUUACCACUACAAACUAUUCAAGGACCCCUUGAGAUAACAGUUGUGUACUGUAUACUAUAAUCAAGACAAAAGUAUUACUUCAUGUUAACAGUAUUGAUUUAAUCUCAACUGUUCAGAGGGGUUGGGAUGAACCGCCUGUUUUUUUUGUUUUGUUUUUUACCAAAGAGUGUAAAUGUAUGUGUGCAGGACAGUGAGAGGGUCACACCAAGGAGGAGGUAAUACGUAGAUACAGACAAGAACAGAUUUGCCUUUAUAUGCCUUAAAGUUGCUCUUAUUUGAAAUCGAUCUGUAUUUUAUGCUUUUAUUUGAAUAUGCUCUUAACCGCUACUGAAUUUACUGUAUUUUGUAAUGUAAUAUUUAGCAACAACUACAGUAAGUCGCUCUGGAUAAGGGGCGUCUGUUAAGAAAAUAAACUAAUAGUUUUUUGAAUAAUGAAAAGUCUACUGGUUCGUUGUUCGUUUUUGGUUACUUAAAAGUAGAAAAACGAACAAGGAAAAAAAAAAUUGGCGCCUUGUAUGUUUUCUCUAGCCUAUAUUCAGAAGCUGAAAAACGAAAAAAGAACCAGAUCUUUUUUAAGAAAACAAACAGCAUUCCAUUUUAAAACUCGUACAGCAUUCCGUAGGCUAUUUGUUUUUCCCACGUACGUCAUGCAUGAAAAGUCAGGUUAUGAUGACUGCACUUAUUAUAAGCUACUAUAGUAAACAGUGUAAAAACCUCCUGCAGAAUUCCGCAUGCAGAAUGCAUCGCGCAGUGACAGCUUGUAAAUUAAUAAUUUAGCUUGCCUUAUUAGUGCAUAUUAUUAGAUUAGUGAAGAGAGUGGUCACGCCUUCCUUUUUGAGCGCCGUAUGGGUUUCCCUUUCCACGCAGUAUUUCAGGUAACUUACCGCCAUUUAGUGCACGAGGCCCUGUAUAUUUUUUUUCAUCAUAAAACAAUAGGUACAUUACAACAUUUGACCACCAGAUGACGCUAUGUGCUAUUUGUAUAAAUAUAUUGAUGUUUUUUUAAAUGGUAUGAAGAAUGUAAUAUAUUCCCAAAUAUCUCAUUAUGUUUUAUUAUUUACAGCUCUAUAUAACUUGAAAUCUGUGUUCACUUUAGUUUUCUUUAGAGCUGUGCAGUAAUUUGAUUGGAGAUAUCGGUAUUGCUUAGUUAGAGUAGCAGAAACCUUGUGCAAAAUGUGCCAAUUUGUAUGGGUAGAAUAAUGUUGUUUUUUUUUGUAAAUUAAAAGAAAUAAAAAAGUAAAUGACUAGUGAGUGUAUAGCAACGCUGCAAUAAAUAUUGUAUUAUGUGAUUCAGAAUGUAUGAACUAACAUAUCAAGGAGGAAUUAGAUUAGCAUAACAUGUAUUGUCAAGAAUGUUAAUAAGAAAAGGCUGUAUCAUUAAAUUUACUUCUGUUUUCAGUUACAAAAUAAGACCCAGUGGUCCAUUUCAGUCUGACUGAUAUUGAAAUACAAUAACUGCAACCUAAUAAAAAAAAUUAA